AUGUUUCCUUAUUCGUUCUUGCCGGAAGAGCUGAAGAAUUGCAUUGUUAAAUCGAUUCAUCUAAAUGACACCUCUCAAGCAUUUCGGGCCAGUAAAAGCUUAGAGCAGAAAAUCCUCAAAUACGGCCCGUUUCCGCGGAGAAUCUCGGAACUAAAGAUCAGGCUCUUGAUUUCCGACUAUCAUGCUCUCGAUGAUCUGGUCUUCGACAUUCGAAUGAGCAAUGGCGGAAUCAAAUUUGAAGUCUCCGGCCACAACGUCACUUUGAUAAGCAAAGACAAGAAAAUCCCGUUGAAUGUAAAAGGAAAAACUUUCUGGGCUCUUCUGAAUAAUAAAAUCACUUCGUUGGAAUCUUGCACGAUCAGCAUUUGGGGUUCUCCGUACGAGCGUCCUGUCAGGAGAUUCGUCCAGAAUCUCUUUCAGGACAAUGACUUCUUGCCGAAAGCAGACUAUAUAUUCAGAUUUCAUCUUGAGACCCAUUUGAAGUUGGCGAAGAUUAUCCUUUCUCGUUUUCACUUCACUAUUCGAGAUUUAUUGGCACUUGAAAUCUCUUAUUUGUCAGGCAAAGAAAAAGAAGCCAAUGAGUUUUUGGAAGACCUCAUCAAAAGGCCAACCUUACAAGACUGCUAUUCAAUUGUUUGGGAAAAUGGGUGCUGGGAAAAUGGGUUGCUGGAGAAUGGGUGCUGGGAGAAUGGAGCCUCUAUUUUGCAGGCUCCAGGAAAAUUGCUCUGUUUCCCUUCCGAGAAUUGGUUGGACUUUAAGCACGUAAUCCAGCAAGUGUUCUUCCAAGAAAACCCCACAGCCAGCGAUGAGAAAUGCUAUCUGGCGAACUUGCCUGGAAGAUCCUUGACUGAACGGGAUUUCUAUUGGUGCUCGCAUCUGGAAAUGUUCGACGAGGAGCGAGGGUGUGAGGAGUUGAGAGACGAUUCGGAGGAGGCCGCUCUCAUGCGAGAAGCAGUGGAAGAAGUGGAGAAAGAGAUCGAAACAAGGCAAUUGAAUAUGGAGCUAUUCAUCGAGGAGUCUUCUUCUUCGUACCCCUAUAAGGGCUACUACAAGAAACGAUUCGUGAACAACGAGGCCAUUUAUUUUAUCACGUGCUGCGACAGCGAUUUUAGCUCCUUCUGGUACCCUUUUAGUCAGGAGUGUGAGUCGACACGGGAGUGCACUUUCCAAUGUUUUGUUAAAUAUCGAACGAUCAAAGCACUCGACCGAACACCUCAAUGCGAGCUGGAACUCGAU